CAUCCGCCGGCUAUAAGCGUAAGGUCGGUCGGUCGGUCGGUCGGUCGGCGUUGGUUGGUAGUGUUCGUCGAGGUAAAUAUGGGCCCAUAGCAGCGCUUCGGAGGAGAUUGUGGUGGUAUUGGUUGGACAACAACCGUUGGACACGGGUACGGCUGGGUAUGUGUCGCGCGCACUGCUCACCGCUUGCGCGCUGCGUUUGUGCGUGUCAUUCGUGUUCUGUUCAGUUGCUUGCGAACCGCGAACCAGAGUGCACAGCCGCGAUCGUCCGACAGCAGGUGCCACAAAACGGUCCCACACUACUACCUCUUGGUGGGUGCGCUAGAAACCGUUUUUCGUUCCGUCUAUUCGUUACGCCCUCCCGUCCGUCUGUCCGGCUUUACCCGCCCCCCUCCGUCUGGCGGUCAUCGAGUAGAAAGUGCACGUUUUCAUAAUUGGAUUAACAGCCGCCGACAUAAGGUUCGUCUAGGUCGCUUCAUUUCACCACCAUGAGAGAAAUUGUGCAUCUGCAGGCUGGCCAGUGCGGCAAUCAGAUCGGGUCCAAGUUCUGGGAGAUCAUCUCGGAUGAGCACGGUAUCGAUCCGACUGGACACUAUCAUGGCGACACCGACCUGCAGCUCGAGCGCAUCGACGUGUACUAUACCGAGGUCAACGGCAACAAGUAUGUGCCGCGUGCGGUUUUGGUCGAUCUGGAACCGGGCACGAUGGAUUCCGUCCGUCAGUCACCGUACGGUGCACUGUUCCGACCGGACAACUUCGUUUACGCUCAGUCGGGCGCUGGCAACAACUGGGCGAAGGGCCACUACACCGAGGGUGCCGAGCUGGUGGACAGCGUGCUCGACGUGAUCCGCAAAGAGACGGAAGCGUGCGACUGCCUGCAGGGCUUCCAGCUGGCCCAUUCGCUGGGCGGCGGCACCGGCUCCGGCAUGGGCACGCUCUUGAUAUCGAAAAUUCGUGAAGAGUACCCCGACCGCAUUAUGAACACAUUCUCCGUUGUUCCAUCGCCGAAGGUAUCCGAUACCGUAGUGGAGCCGUACAAUGCGACGCUCUCCAUACACCAGUUGGUCGAAAACACGGACGACACGUUCUGUAUCGACAACGAAGCUUUGUACGAUAUCUGUUUCCGAACGCUUAAGCUAACGUCUCCCACCUACGGGGACCUCAAUCACUUGGUAUCCGUUACGAUGUCGGGCGUUACGACGUGCCUGCGGUUCCCGGGUCAGCUAAAUGCUGACCUUCGCAAGCUGGCCGUCAAUAUGGUGCCGUUCCCGCGACUGCACUUCUUCAUGCCCGGGUUCGCACCGCUCACGGCUAAAGGAUCCCAGCAGUACCGUGCACUGACGGUUCCGGAACUGACCGCACAGCUGUUCGAUGCCAAAAACAUGAUGACCGCGUGCGACCCGCGCCACGGUCGAUAUCUGACGUGUGCGGCCAUCUUCCGAGGCACGAUGUCGAUGAAGGAAGUCGAUCAGCAGAUGCUGAACAUUCAAAGCAAAUACAGCAGCUACUUCGUCGAGUGGAUCCCGAACAACGUGAAGGUGGCGGUGUGCGACAUUGCGCCGCGCGGCUUGAAAAUGUCGGCCACCUUCAUCGGCAACACCACGGCCAUCCAGGAGAUCUUCAAGCGCAUCUCGGAGCAGUUUACCGCCAUGUUCAGACGGAAAGCGUUCCUGCACUGGUACACUGGCGAGGGUAUGGACGAGCUGGAGUUUAGCGAGGCCGAGUCGAACAUGAACGAUCUCAUCUCCGAGUACCAACAGUAUCAGGACGCUGAUGUGGAGGAUUACGACGAAAUGGAAGAGAUUCCGGAGGAAGAGCAACAGCAGCAGGAGUAGCGUUGCCGGCAGUCGUGUUGUGAUUGUUUUAGCGUGUUUGUGUUCCUAUUUCUAGCAGCAGCAGCAGCAACGAGCGGUGGUAGUUCAGGUGGCCAUCAGGACCAAUGAAUUUUAAACAAGCAAACCAACAAACAAACAAACGGAAGCUUUCAAACCUUCAUUUGCAAUAGAGAAACCGGGUAGCCGGGUUUCUUGAAUGUGAAAUUCCAGUACAUUAGAUAAGAUUGUAUCAUUUGAACCAACAAAAAAAAAAAAGAAAAACAGAUGAAAAACCACAAUUAAUGGGAAAAAAAAUAAAAAAGGGGGAAUAUUGAAAGAAAA